AUGUCGGAAUCUUUGAUGCUCAGUAUGUUCAGUUUAGCCAUGUUUCUUGGUUCGUAUUUAUCGGGUCUUGUUCCACUUGCAUUUUCACUAUCUGAAACAAAAAUGCGCUAUGUUACUGUACUUGGCGCCGGCCUAUUAGUUGGAACAGCAUUAGCUGUUAUUAUUCCAGAAGGUGUUCAUGCACUUUAUAUGAGCGAAUUAGAAACAAAUCAAAUGCAAAUUCAACAUGAAUUUCAUGCUGAUCAUAAAGUUAUUGGUCGACAUUUGAAUCAUAUUGAUCACGAUGUUAAACUUGACGUUGAACAUGACACUAAAAUCGACAGUGAUAUAAAAGGUGAUGCUCUACCACCAGCUCAUCAACAUACAGCUGAUCGAACUCGAGAAUUAGGCUCUGAAAUUGUACAUAAACAUUCAGAUACAACUCAUUCAGCUAUCGGUGUGACUCUUAUUCUUGGUUUUGUAUUUAUGCUUAUUGUUGACAAUUGUGGUUCAAGAAUAAUUGGACAUCAUGGAAGUCAGGUUCUGGAUUCGUCGAGUACAGUGAUUAUAAAUAAACCGAAAGCAACGUGGACAGCAACGUUAGGUCUAGUCGUACAUGCAGCUGCUGAUGGUAUUGCAUUAGGUGCAGCCUCAGCAACAAGUCGUUUUAAUGUUGAACUAAUUGUUUUCAUGGCGAUUAUGCUUCAUAAAGCACCAGCUGCUUUUGGUCUUGUCUCGUUUUUAAUGUCGGACGGUGUUGAUCGCAAACGUAUUCGACGUCAUCUGCUAAUAUUUUCGUUAGCUGCUCCAUUAAUGGCGAUAUUUACUUUUGUUUUAUUGAAAAGUCGAAUACGUGACACAUAUUCUGUUGAUUCAACCGGUUUGGCUAUGCUAUUCAGUGCCGGUACAUUUCUAUUUGUGGCUACAGUACAUGUUUUGCCUGAAGUACAGUCUCAUUAUGAGGAUCGACAAUUUCGUGCAAUUGAACUUCUUAUACUUAUUAUUGGAUGUUGUUUUCCUAUUAUACUUUCUAUGGGGCAUAAGCAUUAA